AUGCAUAUUUCCUUCAAGAAAUGUGUUGCUCAGCAGUGUUCUCGUGUUUUCAGGUAUAUUAUCGGGAAGAAGGGAGAGACUCGUAAACGACUGGAAUCAGAGACUAAAACUUCCAUCAGCAUCCCAAAACAAGGCGUGGAAGGACAGAUCGUGAUCACAGGUGCACACAGAGCAGCCGUCGCCUCAGCUGUAACCCGCGUUGAGGUUUUGAUCGACAGCUUUCGGAGGAAGCAGCCGUUCACACACUUCCUGUCGUUUGCACUAAAUCAUCCUCAGGUGCAGCAGGGCUUCCUGCGCUUUCGAGAGCAGGUGCUGGAGCUCUGCGGACAGGACGCAGGCGUGGAUGAGAGUAUUUUCCAGAACCCAGCCAAACUGCAUCUGACCAUCGGCACGCUGGCCCUGCUGAACGAACAGGAAGUGACACGCGCGAGCGAGCUCCUGCAGCAGUGUCGGGACGCUAUCAGAGAUAUAACUGAAGCAAAACCGCUUCCUGUGGAGGUCCGAGGAAUUGAAUAUAUGAAUGAUGACCCGUCGAUGGUGGACGUUCUCUAUGCCAAAGUCACGGUUCGAGAUGGAUCUGAGAAACUCCAGCAGAUCGCAGACAGGCUCGUGGAGUAUUUUGCUGCAGCCGGUCUGAUGGAGCGAGAGCGGGAGCGAGUGAAGAUUCACGGCACCAUCAUGAACACACUGUUCCGGAAAGAUCCGUCAGCGGAGGAUAAAGGAGCUUCAGCGAGACCCAACGCUAAAGACCGAGAAGCUUUUAAUGCCAAAAACAUCUUACAGAUGUUCGGCGAGGUUUAUUUCGGCGCGUUUGAGCUGAAUUCGGUGCAGAUCUCUCAGAGAUUCUCCACUGACAGCACGGGAUACUAUUCCUCUGCGGGACGCGUCACGUUCUCUUGACGGGACACUAAAACACCGCUCUGGACUUUGCUGAUGAAUGCAUCCAAAUUCGCUGUUUUGAAAUUGGAUUAAGCAUUAAUAAUCUGUCGUGCAUUGUAAAUAUUAAUAUAAAUACCAUAAAGAGCAUUUUAAUGGAA